AUGGCGGACCCACCGACGGGAGGGCCCGAGCCCUUUCCCACAAACAUCCAAGAAUCCAUCGCCAGCAUCCUAGGAGAAGAACUUCAGGCCACGGUAGCUGCAGACAGGUCCGACUUGCUCUAUGAGACUCGGAAGCGAACCCGGGGUAGCGAUGCUUUCGCACCAUCGGACCCUGCGGGUCGAAUCACCACCAAAGAGGUGUGCGGCAAUGGCACCUCCCCGCUGAACCACCAACCACCCGACAAAGAACAAAAUUGCGUUCGAAUCAGCACUCAGAGGACCUUUGUCGAUCCAAGGGACAAUAUUAACAACGACGGACACGCUUUCGGCGACGUUACGACGCAAGACGCUCAAGUGGCUGGUAUUGGCACCACCAAAACUGGCUAUAUCAUUCGAUUCAAGAACACGGAGUCAGCUAACGUGGCCCGAAACAACACCGAGUGGCUACAUAACCUAGGCAAUAACACGAAGCUGGUAAAACCACGGUUCGGUAUCGUUAUACACCGAACUCCCACCGAGGAGUUCGACCUAGAGACCGGGGCGGCCCAGGCAGUAGAUAAAAUCACCGAAGACAACGACCUAACAGAACACGGCUUCCGCAUCGAAGAGCUGGCCUGGAUGAAGGCGAAGGACAAGCCCCUGGGUAAAUUUGCAUCACUGGGAGUCUUGUUCGACUCUACGGAGGGGGCGGAACAUAUCCUUCGAAAUGGUUUCGUUGUCAACAAGCACUACCUUCAUUACAUUGAACGACGCGAAUUCAAGAAGAAGAGAUGCUUCCGGUGCCAACAGUUUGGCCACCUAGCAUGGUCAUGCAAGGAAACGCCACGAUGCGGGCACUGUGUGGGCCAACACGAACGAGAGCGUUGCCCACCCGGAAUGCUAGAGAGAAACCUCCGCAUUCUACAGUUGAACAUGAUGAAAUCAGGACCGAGAAUGGAGGCACUGAUCAAUGACCCUCAGAUCCAAGAUCUAGAUAUUCUUCUGAUCCAGGAGCCAUCCAUUACCACGUAUCGCACACAUGUCAACCAUAGCGCCUGGCGACUAUACCGACCUACCACGCAGACCGAUGCAGUUCGAUUCCGCAGCCUCAUCUACGUAAAUAGACGAAUCUCUACCUCCUCACACUGCCAGAUACCUUGCGACCACCCAGAUGUCACAGCCAUUAAGAUCUGGUCAGCCGACUUCCAAAUCCUUAUCUUUUCGGUCUACAUACCUCCAGUCCCACUAUUCACGACCGACAACGCGCCAGCAUCACCAGCGCUCACAGCAAUACAAAACACCAUCACAACCACAACGCAAAAUGAGCAGCGGUCUAUAAGCAUCAUUCUUUUCGGCGACUUUAACCGACAUCACCCAAUGUGGGGCGGCAGUCAUAUCCCAUCUGGAUUUAUCGAAGAAGCCAGCGAGCUGAUUGAUUUUUUCCAAACUCACAAUCUUCACAGCUGCCUCCCUCGAGGCACAGCAACGUUUUGGGCCUUGAACAGCCCAGGACAAAACUCGACCACCGACCAGACAGUGACAGACAGACCGGAUCUGCUUAUCAAAUGUCAUCUAUAUCACGAAUACGGAUCCGACCACCGCGCCACCUACUCGGAAUGGAAUCUGCAACCCCAGAGCAAGCCAAGCACCAAAGCAAGAAAGGCGUACGAACGCGCGGACUGGGACAGAAUUGGCGAAGAAGUAACCCGGCAGAUGAGCCCCUGGAAAGACAUUAAGACUCGACCAGCACUCGACCGAAUUGUGGAAGAACUUACAUCAGCGACGGCCCAGGCCGUUGACCGGUUCAUACCUGAUACUCGCCCAACGCCAUACUCGAAACAAUGGUUUACACCAGACCUCAAGGUUCAACAAGUUGAAGUCAAUCAACUGCAAAAGAGGUGGCAAGCUAGCUGUGUGGGGCUAGGACGAAACCAUGCCAGCACUACUGCUGCCUUUCAGGCCAUGCAACAAAAGCGUCGAGCAUGGACUCGGACCAUAGAGAAGGCCAAAGCGUCGCAUUGGAAGCAGUUCCUAGACGAGGCGGGCGAAGGGAAGCUCUGGAAAGCAGCAACCUACAUGAAGCCUCGAGAGACGUGGGGCUGUACCCCAGCCCUACAAGUUGGCUCGGAGGAGCUCACCCAGAACGAAGACAAAGCGAAGACCUUGCUUGAAGCAUUCUUUCCCGCAAUGAACAUACCCGAUCCUAGCCCACCAGCGUUGCCACAGGCGGAUCUCCCGUCGCAACCGAUCACCGAACUCGAGAUUGAGGGAUCAUUGAAGGCAGCGAAAGGGGCGACGGCACCAGGGGAGGACAAUCUGCCGAUGCUGGUCUGGAAGAAACUAUGGGUAUACUUGAAGUCCUUUAUCACCGGCAUCUUUGCAGCGUGUAUAAACUUAGGGCACCAUCCAAAACAAUGGCGAAGUGCGAAAAUCGUCGUUUUGCGGAAACCUGGUAAACCUGAUUACUCGACGCCCGGUACCUACCGUCCCAUUUCACUUCUGAACACUCUCGGCAAGCUUCUCGAGUCAGUGAUAGUCCGACGGUUGUCCUAUCUGGCGGAGAAGCACGACCUGCUACCAAACAGCCAGUUUGGCGGACGCCCAGGCAGAACUACCGAGCAAGCAUUGCUGGUGCUGUCUAAUGCGAUCGACCAAGCGUGGUAUAAACACAAAGUGGUAACGCUAAUUGCAUUCGACCUCAAGGGUGCCUUUAACGGGGUGAACUGGGUGAGCCUAGACGCCGCGCUACAAGCGAGAGGGAUUCCGAUAGCGGCAAGGAAAUGGAUCGCGAGUUGCAUGAGCGACCGACACGACAAUAUUGGAUUGGAUGACUUCCGUACCGAGACAAAGCCCCUAGCCAAUGCAGGAUUAGCGCAAGGGUCGCCACUCUCUCCCAUCUUGUUUGCUUUCUUCAACGCCGAUCUGGUCGACCAGCCAGUCAACUCCCACGGAGGCGCGUCGGCAUUCAUUGACGACUACUUCCGCUGGCGAGUGGGCCACUCGGCCGAGGAAAACUUGGCCAAAAUACAGUCCGGGGAUAUCCCUCGGAUUGAAGAGUGGGCGCGGCGAACUGGAUCCUGCUUCGCGGCGGAGAAAACCGAGCUCAUCCACCUCACCAGAAAGAGGGGAGAGCACUUAGGGGGACAAAUCACCUUCAAUGGAGCCGAAGUCAAGCCGUCACCUACAGCCAAUCUGCUGGGGGUAGUACUCGACCAGGGACUUCGUUGGAAGGAACACGUCCAGCAGACCAUCAAACGCGCUACCAAGACGACUAUCGCGCUAAGUGGACUACGACACUUACGCCCAGAACAAAUGCGACAGCUCUACCGAGCGUGUGUCACACCCGUCAUAGACUAUAGAACCGCGUUGAUCCGGAUUCUAUCGGCAUUUCGGACAGUAGCCACCAAAACGCUAGAGGUGGAAGCUCAUAUGCUCCCUACGCAUCUUCGUCUUCGCCAUCGCGCACAGCGCACCAUCGCGAGACUACACACCCUACCGCGUGACCACCCCAUUCGGGGCGCACUAUCACGUGCCCAGAAUCGGAGAAACAAUAUAGGGUCGUACGCGCGCUUCCCUUUAGCAGAAGCGUUGAAAACAAUGGAUGUCGACAGGCUCAACGAACUGGAGACGAUUGAUCCACGCCCACUGCCACCGUGGCGAAAAGACGCCUUCACGGAGAUUGAGAUUGAACCAGACCGAGAAACAGCGAGAGAACGAGCAGUUUCCGCAAAGGACACGUCAGACAUAAUCGUCUACUCGGACGCCUCCGGGCGGAAGGGCCAUCUGGGGGCCGCCAUCGUUACACUCAACGACAAUGAAGAGGUGAUAGAAUCCCAACAGGUCCAGGUGGGCCCGAUGGAACGUUGGUCGGUCCACGUUGCAGAGCUCAUUGGCAUCUUCUACGCGGUCGAUAUGGUGUUCAAGCUGGCCCAUCAGCGCACGAAUGUCGAGGAUGGAGUGCAGUCAACGGCAACAAUCUUAUGUGAUAGCAGGUCGGCCUUGCAAGCAAUCCAGAAUGUCAAAAGUCGAUCGGGGCAGCGUAUCAUCCAUGCGAUCCUCCAAGCAGCCGCUGAAGUCCAGAGAGUGAACGUUAGGCUCCGCCUCCAAUGGAUGCCAGGACAUUGUGAAAUCCCAGGGAACGACGCUGCAGACCGAUUGGCCAAAGAAGCUGCGCAACCGGGUAAAUCCCACCCCUUCCGGCCGCUACUAUCGAGGGAGAACGCAUUUGUCCGCGGAAAUAUUUAUACUCAGUGGGGACGAGAGUGGAAGUCAAGCACCAAAGGCGCUCACUUACGGAAAGUUGACGGCGCCCUACCGGCGCGAUACACCAGGAAACUAUACGGGAAUUUACCCAGGAACCGCGCGUACCUGCUAACACAGCUACGCACGGGCCACAACUGGCUAUCCAGCUACCGUAAAGAAAUUGGAUACAGCGAGCACGAUCGGUGCGAGUGCGGCGCGCAGGAGACAGUUGCCCACGUGUUGAUAGAAUGCCCAAGGCUCCGAGAGCUGAGGACGGAAUUGAGAAGGAAAGUCGGGGACGCGUUCAACAGCGUGUCGAGCCUCUUGGGAGGCUCAAACGAAGGUGACAAAGGUAAACCAGACACCGUCUCGAGGGUGAAGACGGUUCAGGCCGUAUUGGACUUCGCCGAGGCGUCACAGCGGUUUCGCAGUCGCGCGCCAUAA